AUGUCCAAACUUUUCACCCCCCUCCGAGUGGGCAACAUGGACCUCUCCAACCGCAUCGCCCUAGCGCCCCUAACCCGCUUCCGCGUCGACGACGACCACAUCCCCCUCCCCUUCGUGAAAGACUACUACGCCCAACGCGGCUCCGUGCCCGGCACCCUCCUCAUAUCCGAAGCAACGCUCAUAACCGCCCGCGCCGGCGGCUACGCCAACGUGCCCGGCAUCUACAACCCAGCCCAAAUAAGCGCCUGGAAAGAGAUCACCGAUGCCGUCCACGCCAAAGGCAGCCACAUCUACCUGCAACUGUGGGCACUGGGCCGUGUCGCGAACCCAGCCUUCCGAGCCUCCUCCGACCACGAGCUGAUCUCAUCGAGCCCGACACCCGUAUCGGCCGACUCGGCGACCCCGCGCGCACUCUCUGAAACCGAGAUCCGCGAAUGGAUCGCCGAUUACGCGCAGGCGGCACGGAAUGCCAUCGCCGCGGGCUUCGACGGCGUCGAGCUUCACGCUGCGAACGGGUAUCUGAUUGACCAGUUCACGCAGGAUACGUGUAACAAGCGGACUGAUGCGUGGGGCGGCAGCGUUGAGAAUCGUGCGCGGUUCGCGAUUGAUGUUACGCGCGCUGUUGUCGAUGCUAUCGGGGCUGAGAGGACGGGGAUUCGGUUUAGUCCGUUUAGUCCGUUCCAGGGGAUGUUGAUGGAUGAUCCGAAGCCGCAGUUUGGGUAUUUGGCGACGGAGAUGGCGAAGUUCAAGUUGGCUUAUGUGCACUUGGUUGAGGGGAGGAUUGCGGGGACUAUGGAUGUUGAGCAGAAGGGGGAUUUGGAGUUCUUCUUCAAGGCUUAUGGACAUGCUUCGCCGGUUAUUGUUGCUGGUGGGUAUAAGGGCAAGGAGGCGGUUGAGGCUGUUGAGGGGAAGUAUAAGGAGUACGAUGUUGUUGUGGGCAUUGGGAGGCCAUUUAUCUCGAAUCCGGAUUUGGUGUUUAGGAUUCAGAAGGGGAUUCCGCUUGUGCCGUAUGAUCGGGAGAUGUUUUAUCGGGUUAAGGAUCCUAAGGGAUAUGUGGAUUAUCAGUUUUGUGACGAGUUUGAGAGGUCUGUGGAGGUUGCGGCUUGA